GGAUGUUGUAAUCGGCUAAGCAAAACCACAUAGCAACACACACUCAAAACCCUAAAUAAUCCUAAGGGAGAUGUCGAACGGCUAUGAUUCCGAAGAAGACGGUGGUUUUCACUUUGAUCCCUCGGACCAAGAAAUCAUCGACUAUCUUAUGUGGAAGGAAAGAGGUGAACCAUGUGGAAACUUCAUAGUGGAAAAGGAUGUUUACGCUAAGGAACCAUGGUUGUUGGACCAUACCAACGAUCCUUUUUUCAACGAAGAUGAGUGGUAUUACUUUGGGAUAAGGACUCAAAUCUCCGAAAGAAAGAUCAGUUGUGGUAAGAACGUGAAGCGGAAGAUCAUGGGAGACAACAACGAUGGCAUCGACCGUGGGUAUUGGAGGUUGAAUGGGAACACAAAUAUCAUCGAUGAGAAGACAGGGAUGAUCAUAGGUGUAAACCAAAGUCUAACUUUCCAUAAGGGCAACAACGACAACAAUACGAAGAAGCAAAAGAGAGGAUACGGUUCUUCUGCUAAUGUUACGGGCAGUGAAAGCCGCUGGAUUAUGAAUGAGUUUGUGUUACCGAGCAAAGCCGAUACGUUUCAGAAGCUAGUCGUUUGCAAGAUUAAAAAGAAAAAUAAUCCCACGAAGAAGGAUGAUGAUCAUCAUCAUGAAGCUGCAUUCUCAUUGAAGAAGAAGAAUGGAAGGAAUGGGAGGACAAAAAGAUGUUAUGGAAAACUUCCCAACCAAGGGCUUUGUUGGAAUCGGUUCUCAUCAACAUGACCAAAGAUCAACAACCACCAGUAGUUGUGGUAUUUAAUAGUUGUGGUAUUAAUAGCUUAAAUUCUCUUUUGUUUCUUAAUGAUGAUUCGUUAUAUCUUAUUUCGUCAAACAAAAAUGCUUCUUUUCUGUAUAUUUGGUUGAUGAUUCGAAUAUAUUAUUCAGAUUUCG